GCUUAAUAAACAAAUUUGAGAUUGCAAAGUUAAACAUCUGUUACGGAGAGGGAACGAUUUAUUCAUCGCUAAGUACAAACUGACCGCGAGUGUUAGAAAAUAGACUUCUUGAAUGUUAAACCAAGACGCGAGCUUUCGCGGCACUCGGCACUCCAGUCUCAACUCCAGAGUCUUUCAGUUAUGUUGUAGUUGUACGCCUACAGAUUUACACUUGAGUUUAGUGCGUAAGAACUAUAGUAGUGUGAGAACUCCAUUCACAGGAUCAGAUUCAGAUAUACCCGCAUUAAAAUAGGUUUUGUUUAUCAGUUUUGUGCUACUUGUGGAUUAAAAUAGAAGUGAAGUUUUCUGAUCUCGCAGCUCUGGUUAAUAAACGAAUGGGUCAAACAUUGCAUACAAUGGUGGACCUGUCAAGCAUUCUUUAAUCGGAAAUUUCAACAGGACUUUUAAGAAUCUGGCUGGAUAUAAAUCAUGGAAGUUUACAUCUGGCACUUCAUGGUUUUAGCCCUGUGUAUUUCUAAUGACAAGCGAGCACAUGCUGUUACUUCGUCAGAUUUUGAUUAUGAUGACAACUAUGUAAUUGAUACUUUUGAAAAUAUUACGGCAGUAGCGAAUAAUUCUGUGAUUUUGCAAUGUCCGAAAAAUGCAAGCCAUUUAUCUUGGAGACAUUUAGUUAGUAACGAAGACACUGCUGGGGAAAUACUAAAAAAUAACACAGCUGUCUACGAAUUUAUUCCAAAAAUCCACAGCCUAUACGGAUGUUUCAUAAAUGAUACAUUAAUAAAAAAAUUCAACAUAACUGUCUUUGAAGCUCCUAGUUUUUUAAAAAAGAAUCCUCAAAAAUUAGUAGUCAAACCUGCCGGCAACAUGGUUAGACUUAAUUGUAGAGCUUCAGGUUUUCCCACUCCAAAUAUUACUUGGUACCGAGAAGACAAAUCUCCACCUACUAGGAAAUUGGGUGAUAUUAAAUUCAACCAUUGGGCACUAACUUUAGAGGAUUCGGUACCAACAGAUAGAGGAAACUAUACUUGUGUUGUUUGUAACAUACUUGGUUGUAUUAAUAAUACUUUUUCGGUCGAUGUAGUCGAGAGGUACCCCUCCAAACCUUACAUAAAAGAUGGAUACCCUCAAAACCAAACAAUUUUGAUCAACACAAACGUUACAUUCGAAUGUCCUCAAAUUAUCGUUGAUUUGGAGCCUUUCAUUCAGUGGUUUAAGUUAAAUCAGACUGAAAUAACUGAAGACGACAUAAGUAAAUUAAAUUGGACAAAAUUGGAGCAGACCAGUGACGAUGGAAAAAUGAACCCAGAGGAAUACGAUAUUUUUAAUGUAACACAUGAUGAUGAAGGAUGGUAUGCUUGUUUUGCUUCGAAUAGCCUUGGAACCACUGUAUCAAGGGCCUAUCUUCAAGUGGUCGACGAACAACCAGUUGUGUACUUAGAAGAACAGAACCAAUCAAAAACCAAUUACAGCAUUAUAAUAGUGGUUGUUGGUAUUGUCGGUAUUUUUGUAGUAUUCGUUAUAUCUUUCAUCUGUAUUCACUACCGCCAAAAAAUCAAGAGGGAAAAAAGGGAAAAAAUGAUUGCCGUUGAAACAGCCAGAGCAGCCAUUGUUACCCAAUGGACCAAGAAAGUUAUUAUUGAAAAAAUCAACAACUCUAGAGAAAAUGUUUCAGAACCACUGCUAAUGCCGGUUGUGAAAAUAGAAAAACAAAAAUUGCAAGCCAAUAAUGCUGAAGAUGGGAUGGUUUCUGAAUAUGAACUUCCCAUGGAUUCUGAUUGGGAAAUAAACAGAAAUUGUUUAAUACUUGGAAAAAACCUCGGAGAAGGUGCAUUUGGACGAGUAGUUAAGGCUGAAGCGACGAAUAUUAUAAAACCAGGAAACAGAAGCGUUGUAGCCGUUAAGAUGUUAAAAGAGGGCCAUACUGACAACGAGAUGAUGGACCUUGUGUCUGAAAUGGAGAUGAUGAAAAUGAUUGGAAAACAUAUAAACAUCAUAAACUUAUUAGGUUGUUGUACUCAAGGUGGUCCGCUAUUUGUAAUCGUGGAAUAUGCUCCAUUUGGAAAUCUCAGAGAUUUUCUGCGGCAGCAUAGGCCAUCAUCUGGUUACGAAUUAGCAGUUGGAGAGAAAAAGACUUUAACGCAAAAGGAUUUGGUGUCCUUUGCUUAUCAAGUUGCUAGAGGCAUGGAGUAUCUGGCUUCCAGAAGGUGCAUUCACAGAGAUUUAGCUGCAAGAAAUGUUCUUGUUAGUGACGACUAUAUAUUGAAAAUAGCCGAUUUUGGCUUAGCUAGAGACAUUCACUGCAGUGACUAUUACAGAAAGACAACUGAUGGUCGAUUGCCUGUUAAAUGGAUGGCACCAGAAGCUUUGUUCCACAGAGUAUACACGACGCAGUCAGACGUAUGGUCCUAUGGAAUUUUGUUAUGGGAGAUCAUGACUUUGGGAGGUACACCUUACCCUUCAGUGCCAAGUGUGGAAAAGCUGUUUCAGUUGUUAAGAAACGGCCAUAGGAUGGAGAAACCACCUUGUUGUUCCCUGGAAAUUUACAUGCUUAUGCGUGAAUGUUGGAGUUACCAACCUAAUGAACGUCCUGUAUUCUCAGAACUCGUAGAAGACUUGGAUCGAAUAUUGACAAUCACAGCGAACGAAGAAUAUUUGGAUUUGGGAUUGCCGCAACUAGAUACACCGCCCUCCAGUCAAGAAUCUAGUUGUGAUGAAGAAGACUUCCCUUUUCCAUAACCAACGACUAGUCAAUACUUUUAAGUAGAUUUUAAGAUUUCUUUAGCGCUUAUUGUGAUUUUGUUGAAUAAGUUGAAAGAAGCAGAAUGCCAAACAAGUAUCAGUAUUAUGUGUAAGAUCAGUGAAUCAUAUUCUGAUCGGAUUAUUACUCAAGAGUUUUACAUAAUUGGCAGGCUUUUAUUUGAAAAUGAACGCUGCAAUGAUGAUUUGAUGGUUCUAGAGGAAAAGGUUCAUGUACCUAUCAUCUACGCUUAUACAUAAUGAAUAGAGCCCUCAAUACAUCACAUGUAAAAAAUAUUGUUCAGUAUUUUUAAAUGAAUUGAUAUUGUGUAGCUACAUGGUGGAAGCUGUGAAAUUGGACUCACCGUUUCCACAAUAUUAGAACGAAUCGUCAUUGAUAUUUUAGAGAAAAUAUAAGGAUAGUACAAGGAGAGAGUGAAAUAAAAUUCUGAAAAUCUCCAAUUAUCUGGAUAACUAUCUGCUUACAGUCCAUAGAAGCAAUCAUGUGGUGUGGCUAGAAAAAAAAACGGAUUAGUCCUACAAAAUCUUUUAAUUUUAACAUUAACGCCUUCAAUAUACUUCUUCGCGAUCUCUACACACCGCCUUAUGCAAAUUUUCCAUUGGUCACAGCAUCUCUGUUAAUAAUUUUCUUAAAGCAUGUUCAUGGUCUACACCGAUUUUUUUUACAGCUCUACUGUCUCAAAUCUGGUUUCUGGGUAAUAAAUAAAAGUCACACGAUGCCAGAUCCGGUGAUUAUGGUGGAUGUUCUAAUACAGGGAUUUAAAUACUUGGCCAAAAACUUCUUGAUAGUAUAAGGUAUAGCGUUAUCGUGAUAAAUAAGCGUUUGUUGUUUUAAACUCUGCCUAAGACUCUCUUUUUCGAUUCAUGCGGAUUCAGUAACAGCCCAAAUAUUUAACCGACUGAUUGUGUCAAUUUGAAGUGCAAGAUCAUCUUGGGAAUGAAGAUCACGGCUUAAUCCGCUGAAGAAAGCGGAAUACAACCUUCACGUUGAUAGUAAUAGAAAGAGAUGUCACAUGACAAGCUUGUGUUCCAUUUGACGCCCUUCAUCAGAACGAUCAGUCCAGUUGUGUAUAGCCACACCUUGUAGUAUAAUAGCUAGUCUUCAACAAUACCCGUAUCUCACAUAACAUUGUUUUAGGGUUACUAUUGAAGUUAUAAUGUUACUUUUAGCCAACUGAUGACAUCAAUUUAGUCACGUGGGAUGCGGAUACUGUUGAAGAUUCUAUAUCAAAUUUUAUAGAUUUCGUUCAGGUAGUUUUUGUUAUAAUUAUGGGUUUGUCGCAAUCUGUAUAAUAGAAGUUUUAAUGUGUAUAAAUAUUUACUUGAGAUGACUGCAAUAUUUACAGUAAUAUCUCAAGAUGUAUAUGUAACAAAUUUUCAUCAACCAAAGAAACGAAAACGAAUUAUUCACCAUUUUCAAUUUCCAGCUCAAUUCCAAUCACAAUAAUUCGAUGAUGAUUUGUUAUCUGUACACCUUGCAGACUACGAGCUUUGUUAUCAAUAAUAUUCGUGUUGUAAUUAAUGAAAUUUUGAAUUUAUUUAACUCUCGUGGAGUAGUUAUAUGUGUAGUAAAUUAUAAAAUUAGUUAUUUCAUAAAAGUGUACUCCUAAAAGGAGGAUUUGCGGUUUGCUUUACAAAUACCUUUGUAUAUAUACCUAAUUUUGAUUAAAUACAAUUUAUCGUGUUGAUAUUUAGUAGGAAAAUAUUAUAAGCAACGAAAAUAAUUGACAAUGUAAGUGCCUUACCUGAACUAAAACAUUUACAAGUUUUUUUUAAUUGAUGUGGGAGAAAUUUGUAUUGUUAGAAGAAAGCACAAUUUUAUUUGCGAAGAAAAAUAACUCGUGUAAUAAAUGUGUUAAUAUCGUCCAUGUGUUUUAUAACAUUUUCAAUUUUGUCAGACAAUACUUAGUUAUAUAAGUUUUUAAGACUGUAAACAAUAGUUUGCUAAAUUUUUAAAUAUAUUU